AUGACAAUCGAAUUAGAAUCUCCUGUAUCCACUUCUGGUAGUGAAUCCACGGAUUCUUCGUCAGAGUCUCUAGAAUUCACAGAAGAAGAGGCAAUAACAGAAAAAUCCAAAUCUUCCAGCAUUCUUCCCUUGGAAACCAAAGACAAGACUUGCACGGGAAUUCUCUUGUUGAAGGAUCGAAUGCAAUUCUUCAAACUUAACUAUCCAACCGAUUUGACUACAGAUGGAGGUGGUCACGUCAUGAGUGAACUCGAAAUCAUUAGUGAAUGUAGCCAUUACCAACUCAAGGGCCAAUCACCCUUUCCAGAUUUGCAAGAUUUCCAGCAAGGCUUGAAAAAGACCAAGCUCCGGAGCUUUUCCCAAAUUUCUGGCACUGUCGGUGAUUCUUACACUUCCUUUGAUGUCCAAUUUCCACAAGCCCAUGUAGAUGAACCAUUGCUAACUAGAGCCCGAGACAUGGUUCGAUUGGUGUCGGAGGGAGGAGAACACCUAGGAUUGCCCGUCCAAGAGCAUUUUUGGGCCAAGGUUCUUUCGGUCUCCAGCACGGGUCAAGUGACCGCCAUUUGUGCCAAUGAUUUGACCACUACCUCUUUGAAUCAGGGGGAUUGUAUCACCUUUCCAAUGACUUGCGUCCUGGGAGUCGUUCAUGGACCGCAUUGGGAGUACAAGUCGUCUCACCGUACACUACCCGAAGGAACGAAGAAACUGUUUGAAGAAAACGACAUUAAAUUGGUCCAGAGCCAAACCGGAGGUUCUCGAAGUAGCGCCAUUGAGGCCCUUUUGGAUUCACGGGGAGAUCUAGUCGAGGCCUGCAUGAGUAUGAUGUCAGACUGA